CUCAACAAUCACCCCGAAAUUUCACACCGUCGUUGAAAUUUUUGGAGAUCUGUCUCGAGUGAUCGUCUUGGUGGGAGACAAUCACUCAACAGAUAUAUUCCAGCGCACUUAUUCAUUCUAGAUCGAAUGCUAACAUUCACAUUAGGGACGCAAUGAAAGCCCGUCCAAGAAGUCUCGGAUGGUAGGACCAAACCAAGAGGCCGAUAUGAGUGAGGAAGAAACAGGCACGGAGGCAAAGGACAAGCAGACUGUAGAGGAGAAGGAAGAGGGGGAAACAGACGAAGAGGAGGAGGAAGAAGUACCAGAAGACAAAUCAGCUGCAGAUUGGGUGCUUCAAAGCUUCGGAGAACUCGAGACCGAAUUUAGAGUUAGGGUUAUUCUCGACUCUGCAUCUUUCUCAACAAUCGAACACAUCUGAAGGAGCAUCACAUCGAGCGGGCGUAUGACUGGUUCCAGCGUGGACAUCCAAUCCGAGCCGUGAUUGUGCAUACUCUCCUGCACGCCUAUGUGUCCCACAGAACUGGUGCGGGAAGCCCGAACGACGUGAUGGAUGGAUGAUCAAAGUUCAUGUAUGAUGACUUGAUCAACAAGAUCGAAGACUUCCGCACGGAGAUGAACGCUGAGGUCGUGACUGCUAUGCAUGUGAGGGAGGGACUUGUGUGGGUGACGGCGCGGCGCAAGCACGAGUUCCGUCUGUAUGAUCCUCUAUUGGUGGAUGAAGAGUCCCAGAUGUUUUCAUUGUCAUAAUGUACUCCAUGGACU